GGUAGUGGUGGUGGGGUGGGGGGGACAGGUGCGUCAAUGCCUUUAAGUGGCAUCGAACCAUGGUGAACACAGGCCGGGUCGUCAGAGGGGGACCCGGCCGGUGUUUGCUGUUCAAUUGAGAUGCGGCACGUUGCUUUCUCUCUCUCGGGCUCUUCACGCCAACUCCGCCGUCAGUGACGUAAGCCGUCACGUGUUCACCUCUUCCCUCCCGACGUCCGCCGUAUUUCCCUUCCUUCCGUCCGUCCGUCCAUUGGUUGCGCCGACUCUGGAACCAGCACGAAAUCAACAAGCCAGAGCCGAAGAGGGGUCGCGGUCGCGAGCAGUCGCCGCUGCCGGGCUCCAGGCGUCAACCGGCCGAUGGACCGAGCAGCUUCCACCUUGAAGUUACCGUCAAUGAGGCGCAGACCUCCGGGCAGCGUUCUUCUCCUUCCGCCGAGCUCCAAUUAUUGAAAACUUUUUUUUUUUAAUAUAUAUUUUUGUUUUGUGCGCCGACGACGUGAGGCCACCAUGAGACCUCCAAGUGGACCUACGAGCAUGCCAUGCGGACUGCCACCUUUGACGCCCAGCCUGUAGGCUGCCAGCGGCGAGCUGUCCUCCCAGUUGCACCCCCGUCACAGUUAUUCCGGCGACGCUCCCCACUGUGUGGCCACACCAUGGCCAGCAAGAGGAAGUCUACAAUACCAUGUAUGAUCCCCAGCAAAAUCAGACACCACUUUGAGGACGUGGACAUGCCGGUUCUUCAGCGGCAAACUGCUACUUCCGGAGGGGGUGCAGACAGCCCACCGAACCUCGCAGACUCUCCCUUAUUCGAGGGGGCCGACCCGGCCGUCGAUGACGCAGGCACCUACAUCUGCAAGCCUUGCAACUUCGAAACCUACGACCUGAACUUGUUCUUAGACCAUGUGUACGCCGGGCACCCGGAGUUCCGUUCGGAUCCAAGUUUCCUCUGUGUGAACUGUGGCUUUUCAGCGCUCAAGUUUGAGGGGCUGGCCCUGCACAAUGCCAGGAUUCACCCCAGCACGUUCAAUUGCCCUCUGCAGCUGAGAAGGCGAGAGAGGAGGGCGGUGGUGGAGCAGACGAUACUGCCCGGGACAGAUGAGGGCAAAGAUAAUGAGAUUUCCAUCACCAAAACACCAAUCAUGAGAAUGCUAAAGGGCAAAUCGGAGCCGAAAAGAAUUGUAGUGUCCCAGCCUUUGCCUGAUGCGCUCCCCAUUUAUGGCCCCAAGGAGACUGUUGCGGUGACCCAAGUGGCCCAUGUGCCCACAAUUGUCCACAAUGGAACAAACAAGGUCACACUACCCUCAGCGAUUCAGAUCGUCAAUGGCUCUGGUGCUUUACCUGUGCUCAAGACCCCCGGUACUCAGAACAAAAUCCUGCAUCAGCCUUCUGUUACCACAGUUUCCUCAGAUGCCUCAUCUUCCAAGAAUCUCCCAAAGGUGAUGAUUCCUUUAAGCAGUAUCCCCACUUACAAUGCCUCAAUGGACUCCUCCUCCUUUUUGAAGACGUCCUUCAGCAAAUUCCCGUAUCCCACGAAGGCGGAGCUCUGCUACCUGACUGUGGUCACAAAGUUCCCCGAAGAGCAAAUCAAGAUCUGGUUCACAGCGCAGAGACUCAAACAAGGCAUCAGCUGGUCUCCUGAGGAGAUCGAGGAAGCCAGGAGGAAAAUGUUCAACACCAUCAUCCAAAGCAGCGCACACAACCAGUCGCACAGUUCCGCUCAGCAAACAAUCACAGUCUUAGGGGCCACGGGGAUUCCUCAAAUCCUGCAGGGCUCUCUUGUCAGCCAAGGGGGCGUCAUCGUCACGCAGCCCGUGAUGGCCAACGGAAUUCAGGUCAACGGCACCCCGGUGGCGCUAGCCGUCACACCCAAGCCGCAGGCAGCGGCCCGACCCGCAAUGCAGGCCCGACCUGCCGCCGCGCUAGUGCCCGACAAGCCUGCCGGCAUGUUGGUGGGGGCGGUGGCCGGCGGCGGUACGGGAAGCAACAUCAUUGGCAGCAGCAAGAGCAGCAGGAGUGGAGGAGGGGCCGCGAGGAACAUCAUUAGCAGCAGCGGCCAAGCUAGCGUCAUCAAUCUCACUCUGGGGAACAGCGGUCACGCCAAUGCAAAGGUGAAUAGCGCCACCGUGAAAUGCCACACCGGUGCCGACGGCAAGAGCAAAACAGUUGUCAGCAAAAGUGCAAACCCCCCCAAAGUCGCUGUAGACAGCAAGCCUUCAAAUGGCAGCAGCGCAGCAGACAACAAUGAACAAAAGAGCAAAGACUCAAACGGUAGUGGGAACAAAAACGAAGCUUCUAGCGCCAGUGCAGAUGACUCUGACCACGGCACAAGCAACUCCUUGAAAACAGACGAGGCUUCUUCCCCAUCCUCCAAGUCCUUGUCGCCGUCUCCUGCGCCAGGCGCUUCCGGCAGCUCCCUGAGCUCCCGCAGCGUCAACCCAUUCCUGGACCCGAGCUUUUGCAAAGGCAAGAAGUCCCAGGAGCAGCUGGGAACUCUCAAGGACAGUUUUCUGAGCAACCCGUACCCAGACCAGGAGGAGGUGGACCGCCUCAUCUCUCUGACGGGCCUCACGGUGCGGGAAGUUCGCAAGUGGUUUAGCGAUCGACGCUACCACCUUCGCAACCUCAAGGGCCCGCGCUCCAGCACCGGCGUGCCCAACAAGUUGUCGGCAGGGAGCGGCCCGGCGGGCGGCGACGGGGGCAGCCCCGGGCCCUUCGACCUGUCGGAACACAGCAGCGGCACCAACUCCGGGGCAAAAACGGCAGAGCACACUUCCGUUCCUCUGAGCCCGACGUCGACGCACACUCCCACGUCGCCCGUCACGCCCUCGCGCAGACUGCCUAGAUCGCCUUCUCCUGAUUUCACCGUCGUCCGCUACAAAGAGCGAGAACCUCACCAGAUCAAAGCACUCGAGGCCAGCUUCGCUGAGGACGCCGAGCCAUCAGGAGAAGAAGUGGACAGACUCCGAUGUGAGACCAAAAUGACCCGGAGGGAGAUCCACAACUGGUUCACUGAGAGGAGGAAGAAAGCCGCAGCGGCCGAAAAAAGGAAAGAGGUGGCGGCGCGAGCAUCGGGCUGCAGCACGGACGCUUAUGGAGAGGAUGGACUGAAUGAUGACGCUUCAGGUGAACUCAAAGUUAACCCCAUUAAGAUCAAUCUGAAGAUGCUGAAGGUGACAGAGGCCAACGGCAAAUUGGAGGAUGAGGCUGCAGACGGGCUCUGCGGAAGCGGUCAGUCCAGUGCUCCUACCAACCCGAAACCCGUCGCCUUGCGAGGUAAGAAAACGGCGGAGCAGCUGCACCUGCUCAAGCAAGUCUACGCGCGAACGCAGUGGCCCACCGCCGCUCAGUACGACGAGCUCCUCUCGGGCACGGGGCUGCCCCGGCCCGACGUUGUGCGUUGGUUCGGGGACUGUCGCUACAUGCAGAAGAGCAGCCAUCUGAAGUGGUUGGAGGCUUACCAGAACAUGGCCCUGGAGGAAGAUCUGAACCCGGACAACGUGCACCUCCUCCAGGCCCACCUAGAUGGCCACGGCAGUCAGGAAGAGUCACAGUUACAGGACCUGUCAAAGGCAACCGGUUUGACAACCGAUCUGGUGAGACAUUGGCUCGCCACCAGGGCAUCUGCGGCUCGAUCGGAGCAAGCGUCUGCGCCGAAACCAGCGCCGGGCGUCGCGGCCGAGCCGCUGUCGGCGGGCUCCUCCCCUCUGGAGCCCCAUCCAAGAGCAGGGCGUGACGAGAAAAUAGAGCAGUCGCUGUGCGGACGAGCAUGGGAGGCUGAUACCCCCAAGAGCGUUGUUCCCACUGAAGGACCAGAUUGAAACGGCGGAUCUAAAAACAUGACAUGAAUGCUGGAUGGGAAUGGGCCUUGAAACCUUUCAUCCUCCCCCUCCUCAAUGGGCCGGCCGAUGUGAUCUCAGCCAUUUCGGGAGAUGGACCCAAAAACCUCUGGCCCGCCCUUUUGUUUCCUUCAUGCCCCUUCAAAGAUCCUGCUGUGCACCACGUUUCGUAUCGGGAGUUUGAGUAGUAGUGAAGGAAGAAGUGACGGUACAGUAGAAAGUAGUGUGUCGGGGACCCACAAUUCAUGAGGUGUAGCUGCGUUUCAUUCACGGUAGUUUGCUGCUGGAUGCGUUUCCUGAAGCCUUAAAAGUAAAAACACAGACGCCUUGCACUCUCCGGACUAUGGCGGUGGACACGAAAUGUGCAAGUGGAGCUCGUUUUUUGCAUCUAAUGACGAAAUAAGCACUGAGGUUGUUCUGACCUUGUCCGUUCAGUUGUAUAUACUGUAAAAAUAAAUAUAAAAGGAUGAGAUGCAUUCAUCUUAAGUAGACAAAAAGAGGAACACGGACAGGUGGCAGAGUGUUGUUUGUAUAGCACAAGAGCUCCUUUACAUCCUUGAUGUGUUUAAACAUUUAUUUUUAUGGAGCUUUUUACAUUGCGUACAUUUGACUGUAUGAGAACUUUUCCAGCGUUCCCUACUUAGGUUUAAUGUAUCAUUUUUA